AUGAAACUGAUGCGUGGCGACAUGGGUGGGGCGGCUACAGUCGUUUCAUCUCUACUCGCCAUCGCUCAGCUCCAACUCCCAAUCAAUGUUGUCACUUUCACUCCGCUUUGUGAGAACUCGCCCGGUCCAAAAGCUACCAAAAUCUACGCUAUGAAUGGCAAAUCUGUUGAGGUCGACAACAUGGAUACUGAAGGCCGUCUAGUUCUACCUGACGCGUUGUACUACGCAUCAACCGAGUUCAAGCCGCACACGGUCAUUGACGUUGCCAUUCUCACUGGGGUUAUGGAUAUAGCACUGGGCGAGAUCUACUCCGGUGUUUUCACGACCUCCGAUGCUCUUUGGAAUCGCCUGAAUGUUGCCGGAGAGAGCGAGUACGAUCGCUUCUGGCGCAUGCCCCUCGACGAGGAUUAUGGCGCACAGAUUUACUCAUCAAACGCUGAUUUGUGCAACACGGGCGGGAAACUAGCAGGUGCAUGUACUGCUGCACUGUUCCUUAAGGCGUUUGUAGAUGGUAUCGAGGCCACAGAUGGACUGGAGCCCUCUGUCCGAUGGGCUUACCUUGAUAUUGCUGGGACUAUGGAGUUCACGCGCCCAACACCAUACCAAGAGACAGGAAUGACUGGGCGUCCUGUUCGGUAA